CGUAAAUAGCGGACUUCAUGGAAGGAUGUUGACGAGUAGUUAUUGUUGAAUCAAAAAGAUAUUUUUCUCGAUUGAAUAACACACGUUUCGGAGGUCUGUUCUGGGAUUUUUUGUUGUGAAGAGAGAUGAGAGGAUGAAGUUUAAUAUGUGGAUUUGGAUUCUGACUACGGCCUCGGCCGUACUGUUCGCCGAAGGAUGGGAAUAUCCGUGCGAUCAGCCUCUGCUAGUCGAUUCAACCAAAAGCAAAGUUGUGGCAACUUCUUGGAUGGCUGAUAGAACACCUGCUGAUGCCCAGUUAUACGGGAAUAGUGCCUGGUCACCAACUGACAAUACUUACAAUCAACUGAUCACAGUGGAUUUGGGGGAUAGACACGAAAUUAGGAGCAUUGCCACACGCGGUCGUGCUCAUACCAGCGAAUAUGUUAUGGAGUACAUUCUUCAGUACUCUGAUAACGGUCAUGGCUGGACCAGCUAUGAGAGUCAGGAAGGUGUUGAAGAGAUGUUCAAGGGAAACACCAACGCUGAAUCCAUCAAGUUGAACAAGUUUGACGUCCCUAUUAUUGCACAGUACAUUCGAAUCAAUCCGACUCGAUGGAAAACGAGAAUUUCAAUGAGAAUCGAGCUCUAUGGAUGCCCCUAUGUCGCUGAGGUUGCCGGUUUCAACGGCUCUGCCCUCAUCGCAAUGGACCUCCAGCGUGAGCCCAUCGAGACAGAUCGUCACUCCCUUCGUUUUCGGUUUAAAACGAAUAAUGCCGACGGAGUUAUCCUGUACUCACGUGGUACCCAAGGCGACUUCAUCGCAGUUCAGCUCCGUGACAAUCAAAUGCUCUUGAAUAUCGAUCUCGGCUCAGGUCUCACCACGAGUUUAUUGGUGGGAAGUUUGUUAGACGACAAUCAGUGGCACGACGUCCUGAUCUCCAGGUCUCGUCGAGACAUCGCCUUCUCCGUCGAUAGGGUCCUCGUGAAGGGAAAGAUAAAGGGAGAAUUUCAUCGACUGGACUUGAACCGAGCUCUCUACAUCGGCGGCGUUCCCAACAUGCAGGAGGGUCUGGCUGUCACUCAGAACUUCACUGGAUGCAUUGAGAACUUUUAUCUCAAUAAGACAAACGUGAUAAGAGAUUUGAAGGAUGUGGAGGAGUACGGGGAGAACACGAGAUUCCAUAGGAUUCACACGACCUUCGGCUGUCGAGACCUGCCAAUCAUCUCCGUGACUUUCUUGAAGCCAGAGACUCAUGCACGUCUCAAGGGGUACGAGGGCUCAUCAACCCUCAAUAUUUCUCUGGCCUUCAGGACGUACGAGGAGAGAGGGGUCAUCCUCUAUCACACGUUUUCAAAUACUGGUUUUGUAAAGGUAUUUUUAGAAGAGGGAAAGAUAAAAGUAGAGAUUCAGACAAAAGGCAACUCCCGAGUGAUUCUCGACAAUUUCGACGAGAAAUUCAACGACGGCAAGUGGCACCCAACAAUCCUCACAAUCUCCAAAAACAGUAUAAUUCUGAACGUGGACGGUCGACCGAUGAGAACAAAGCGUCUCCUGGAGAUGUCGACAGGUGCUGUGUACCUGGUAGGAGGAGGUCUGGUAGGGACUGGCAAGAAUCGAGGUUUCGUAGGCUGCAUGCGAAUGAUAAGUGUCGACGGAUUCUACAAACCUCCAACUGACUGGAAAGAGGGUGAGGAGUACAUAGGCGAUGGAAUACUCCUGGACUCCUGUCAGAUGUUGGAUCGCUGCAAUCCCAAUCCCUGCAAGCAUAAUGGCAUCUGCAGACAGACAUCAACGGAAUUUUUCUGUGACUGUAGUAAUACUGGAUAUUCUGGUGCUGUUUGUCACACCUCCCUCAAUGCCCUGUCCUGCGAAGCCCACAAAAACGUUCACUCUGUGAAUCAGAGGGCUGAGAUCGAGAUUGACGUUGAUGGAAGUGGUCCCCUGGAGCCCUUCCCAGUCACCUGUCAAUUUUACGCUGAUGGACGAGUGAUGACUGUCAUUCGUCACAGCAAUGAAAUAGCUACACCUGUUGACGGCUUCGAGGAGCCAGGGAGCUUCGUCCAGGACAUCAAUUAUGAUGCCAAUUACGAUCAAAUUGAGGCCCUGAUGAACAGAUCUCUCAGCUGCAGACAGAGAAUCAAUUACGCUUGUAAACAUUCGAAACUCUUCAACACUCCUGUUCAUCAGGGGGAUAUCUUUCGGCCGAAUUCGUGGUGGGUUAGCAGGGCCAACAAGAGGAUGGAUUACUGGGGUGGAGCACUUCCAGGAUCCAUGAAGUGCGAGUGCGGAGUGUUGGGAAGCUGUGUCGAUCCAACAAAAUGGUGUAAUUGUGAUUCUGGAUUCGAGGGCUGGCUUGAAGAUGGCGGUGAUAUCACUGAGAAGGAGCACCUACCCGUUCGUCAACUGAGAUUUGGAGAUACUGGUACACCGCUGGAUGAGAAGGAGGGGAGGUACACACUAGGUCCACUCAUCUGCGAGGGUGAUGAUUUAUUCAAGAAUGUGGUGACAUUCAAAGUUGUUGAUGCAACAAUCAAUUUACCCACCUUUGAUAUGGGACACAGUGGGGACAUUUAUUUUGAAUUCAAAACAACAAUUCCUGAUGCUGUUAUUAUUCACAGCACUGGAUCCUCGGAUUACAUCAAAGUAUCAAUAACAACUGGCAAUCAGAUACAGUUUCAGUAUGAAGCUGGGGAUGGACCGCAGACUGUCAGUGUUCAGACGUCGUAUAUGUUGACUGAUAAUAACUGGCAUUCAGUUCUCGUUGAGAGAAAUAGAAAGGAAGCGAGAAUCGUCCUGGAUGGUGCGCUCAAGAAUGAAGUCAGUGAGCCACCAGGACCUGUCAGGGCGCUUCAUCUCACCUCUGAACUUAUCGUUGGAGCAUCAACUCAGUAUCGUGAUGGAUUUGUUGGAUGUAUCAGGGCACUUUUGCUUAAUGGCCAGCUGCAGGAUUUGAGGCAGUAUGCCAGGAGGGGGCUUUAUGGAGUCACCGAGGGCUGCACUGGAAAAUGCCAGAGCAAUCCCUGCUUGAAUGAUGGCAUUUGUCAUGAGAGGUACGAUGGAUACAGCUGUGACUGUCGUUUCACUUCGUUCAAGGGGCCCAUCUGCGCUGAUGAGAUUGGUGUCAACCUGGGAUCUGAUUCCAUGAUAAAAUAUGAGUUUUCUGGUAGUUGGAGGUCAACUAUUGCUGAGAAAAUCAGGGUUGGAUUCACUACCACCAGCGCUGGAAAGGGAUUCCUUAUGGGACUUGCUUCCAAUAUAUCUGGGGAAUAUCUUACGAUUCUUGUGUCCAACAGUGGAUAUCUCAGGGUUGUCUUUGACUUUGGCUUUGAGAGACAGGAAGUUUUCGUCGACAAGUACUUUGCCUAUGGACAGUAUCAUGAUUUACAUCUGUCGAGGAAGAACGAGGGCUCCACUCUGGUCCUUCAGGUCGAUAAUCUUGAGCCCAGGGAAUUUCAUUUCAAUAUCAAAGCCUCAGCUGAUGCUCAGUUCAAUAAUAUACAGUAUAUGUACAUUGGGAAGAAUGAGUCUAUGACUGAUGGCUUUGUUGGAUGUAUUUCCAGGGUUGAGUUUGAUGAUAUUUAUCCACUCAAACUGCUGUUCCAGCAAGACAGCCCUGACAGUGUCAGAGCAUUUGGGCCACCGUUGGUCGAUGAUUUUUGUGGAGUUGAACCUUUCACUCAUCCACCCAAUAUCGUGGAGACUCGACCACCACCAAUUGUUGAUAGUGAGAAGGUGAGGGCUGCCUACAAUGAGACAGACACUGCUGUUCUGGGGAGUGUACUUGCUGUUAUACUCAUUGCUCUCAUCAUUAUGGCGGUUCUCAUUGGGAGAUACAUGUCCAGGCACAAGGGGGAGUAUCUCACGCAGGAGGAUAAGGGAGCUGAGCAGGCACUUGAUCCAGACUCAGCUGUUAUACAAUCUACUACUGGACAUCAAGUACAAAAGAAGAGGGAGUGGUUUAUCUAGGGGAUUGAUCAAUAAUUUGGGGGCAAUGGUCAUUUAAUCUUGGAGAACUGCGGGAAAAUUGAGGGAUGGGUGAUGCUUAAAAAAUAUUGAUUAUUUUUGUUAAAUUCGUUUUUCUCGUUAGGCAGAAAAAAAGUUUUAUUUUGUCUUUUCAUUUUUUUAAUUCAACGAUAUGGUUGUUUAUUGUUUUCGUUAAACAAUGCGCGAUGAAAAAUACUGAGGGAGGGAUUCAUAUUUCAGUUAUGAAUACUGCGGGAAAUUUAAAUUAUGAAUCGUGAAUCAGAGCUGUUGAUUAAUUAAGAAAUAUUUCAGUUGUCUGAAUAAGAAAUCUGAUAAUGAUAUGAGUUUCCUGUGGCAGCUGUCAUGAGAGAUUAUUUCGUCUAGGAUUAAAUGACCAUUUGCCGAAUGCGUUAAGUGAUGAAAUUACUAAAUUCAUAUCGUAUAAUUUGAUUAGUGCGGUAAUUAGAGACUAGGAUAAAGCCCUAUGCGAUGCUAAUCCCAUGAGUUUUUUUAUCAUUCUUUCGUUUUAGAGUUCUUGGACAUUCGUGUCAGUGGAAAAGUGAUGGGGAGAGAUGUGUCCCAUUUUAUUUAAAAAUUUGGCCACCGGAUGGGAAGGGAUGGGGCAAAAUUAACGCCUGUGGCUCUUUUCAAUGGCCAUAACUCACAAAGAAAUUUUUUACUUGAGCUUAGUCCAUAAAAUAUACCAUUUUAGUAAUAAUUAAAUGAGCUGUUGGAAAAAAGUAAAGGCCUGUUUUGCCCCAAUUAUGUGCAAAUCCUUGAAAUAUAUUUGUUUCGCUUGUGUUCAUUAACAUUGCGUACCAGGAGGAGAGAUUAAUACAUAAGUUAGAUGUCUAGAAAGAGAAGAGCAUCGAGAGUGAAGUCAAAAUGGUGUUCUCUUCACUCUGUACUACUUUUUUUGUUUGUAUUUUUUUUUCAUUCCUUUCAGAUAAUUUUAUCUCUAGUUAGUCAUGUACAAAAACGAAUCUCGGAGAAACAUUUACCGUCCAAACAGCAUUUUACCUUAUUUUUAGUUGUUUUUUUUUUAUUCUGAAGUAAUAUAUACAAUAUGAUUAUAUUUUUUAGUAUUUUCUGAAUCUCUUCACAUCACCUUUGCAGCUGUGGAUGCUUCUUGAUUUGGAAUUCAAAAUUCUUUUGACAUCAAAAGUGUACAUAUGCUAUGUUUUUUAUACUAAAAUGUGUAAUUUUAUACUGUUUGAAUUUUUUCAUUGGAUUUUGGACAUCAUUGACGAAAUAAAGAUGUAUGUGUUUUAUACAUUCCA